GCUCACUCAACCUCUGGAUUAUUCCACCCUUACCCCGCCACCCGUGCAGCAGUCCUUUCAAAUUCGCAUGACUUCUAAUAAAUUGACAUCAACUUGUAUUAGACCUUGAAGAAUAAACCCUUACAUUUCGGCCAUCUCGGAGCUUGCGUUACUCUAUUCUCCAUCAAAACGCAGGUGGUGGAAAUACGCUGUAUAUUCACCGCAACAGCGCCGCUAUUCGAAUCACGAACAGAAAAAGCAAUACCAGUUUUAGCUUCUCGUCAGGAUGUCAUCGCCUCCGCCCCUUCAGCAAAACCCGCCCAACCCGCGCAAGCGGCCUUCUAUCUCGUCUACGGCAUCACAGCCAGGCAUCAAGCGCCCUCGCAUGCACCCGCUUCGACAGACAUCGUUUCCCGCUUCUUCUGUUGCAGAUCCGCGCGCGUUUAGCGCGGCCAGCGAUGCGGGCAGUGUGACGGGCAGUUUUACAGGGAGUUUGGGCGGUGCGAGCGUGGGUACGGGUGAAGGUGUUUUCGCAGGAGCGAAAUUGAAGAAACGCGGUCGCAAGAGCAAGGCCGAGAAGGAGAGAGAAAGGGAAGAUGCCAUGAGCACGCGAGCGGGGACGGUUGAUGGGACGCGGACAGGUUCCGUUGAUGCAGAUGGUAGCUCGGUCAGAGCAGGUGGAGGGGGAGGCGGCGACGAUGCAGAUGAGGAUGAAGACUUUGACGAUGAGGGAGAGCUGCUGGGGGGGGACGAAGGCCCUACGGAUACGGAGGCCGAGAAGAAGAAUCUCGCGAUUCUCGUUGACGCCUUCAAUCCGAUCCAAUCUGCUCGUUACGAUCUAUUUAAACGUGCGAAACUAAGAAAAGAAACUCUGCGUCGAAUCGUCAACCAUGCGCUUUCGCAGUCUGUGCCGGCCAGUGUGGUAACAACAAUUAACGGUUUCACUAAGGUGUUUGCUGGAGAAAUCAUCGAAAAGGCUCGAACAGUGCAGGCAGAGUGGGCAGAGGCCCAUGAUCAGGCUGCUCUGGCUGCUUUCGAGGCUGAAGAGGCCGCGGAAGAAGCUAGACUGGCCGAGGUCAGAGCGGCAGAAGCAGCAAGAGCUGAAGCAGCAAAAGCAGCUGCAGCCCAAGCCGCGUCUCAGUCGACACCCGAACCCUCCAAGUCAGCGGAGACAUCAGCAACAACGGAGCAGAAGCAGAACGGCGUGAAGCAAGAGCCAGCUGAGCGAAAUGGAGACACUGUACCGUCUUCGGUUCCUCACCAUAUACCUCCUCCAUCAGUUCCCAGCAAUGGCCAGUACAAUCCGGCCAGCGCGCCGUUAUCGCAGAGCACAAUACCUGCUACUCCUAGUCAAGAGCAGAUCCGUCCAAAGCGGGAAUUCAAGCUUCCUCCCAAUCCACACCGCGGCCAGCUUCUUCCGACGCACCUCCGUGAGGCACUACGGCGGUACAAGCGCGACUGCGAAGGAGGCGGGGUCGGAAUGUCGGGGUUGAGUUUGCAGAAUCUGGGCGUUCGGGGUGCCUUCACGUGGAGUGUUGGCUCUGGUGGCAGAAGGCUGUUUCGAUAAGGCUUUAAGAUCACAUUCAGGUGAAAAGAAAAAAGUUCUUCAUGUCCACAAAAGUUGCAUCCUGGGAUUGAUCUUGAGAGGGCACAUUAUCCAUUGACUUUCUAGUUUUUUUUUUCUAUGAUACCAUGUACAUUACUACGGAGCAUAUUUCUAGUCGCAGGUUCAGGACGGGAAUUCUUAUUUCUUUACUGGACUAGAUAUAAUAAUGUUGGCUAUUCGGAAUAGGGUUAAUGAAAGAAUGAAUGACAGUUUACCACUAUAUCACAUCAUUGCAAGACUGGAGCUACCA